AUGGCGUCCGAGGACGUGUGUGAUGGGGACACUACUUUGUCUCUGCUGUUGUGCAGCGACUGUGAAACUGAGGAACAUGUUAACUGGUUCUGUCAGGAAUGUCAACACAACUUUUGUGAUAAGUGUAAAGAUCAUCAUUUAAGAAGAAAGAAAUCGAGAACGCAUUCAAUUGUUCCGUUUCGAGAAGCCAAAUACAGACCGGUAUACAUUAACAAGGCCUUGUGUGGCGUGCAUCCGGGUGAAUCCCUUGACUACUGGUGUGAGGACUGUGAUGUUACAAUUUGUGUGAAAUGUAUACCUGAUCGACACAAGAAGCAUAGCUGGUGCACUGUGGACGAUUUCAGGUGCCGUGUCCAGGUAAAUAUCCAUAGUAAAAUAGACGAGUUCAGAGAAACAUUGCUGAAAUACAGAGGUGUGAUGAACGAUGAUUCAAAAUUCUCAGAAUACAUGAACUGUUGUAUAGAUCAUCUCAAGGAAGAUGUGAACAACCAAGCAAGCACCUUAUGUCUAGAGGUAAACAAAAAGAGAGACGAAGUUUUGAACGAAGUCACCAUUUUCGAGAAUAAAGCAAAGAUACAACAAAAUCAAAGUAAGCUCAAGAUGACUGAAGAUAUGGCAGCUUUAAAUGAAUUAAUCACAAACACAGAACAAUCCCUAAAAGGUUGUGAAUCUUCGUCGUCUCUGUCUGUUUUAUUGAAAACUAUUGAAGAUACUUCUGGGUGUUUCCAAAGUCCUGAAAGCGUUCGACGCCAACCGCCAACUUUAAGUAAACCAGAAUAUGUUGACCAAUCAAAGUUGGUGUCACUGUUUGGUCAGCUGGAAUAUCCAUCCUCCCAAAAACUAGAAGAGAGAGUGAAAUACGAGGUGAAAACAAAAUACUUAAAAACAAAAACAAUAAGGAAGAUCCUGGCCCUCUGUGUUCUAGACAAUGGUAACAUCUGGGUUUCAUUUGACGGGAAUCGGUUUUUAAUGUUAAUAGACGGAUACUUGAAUGCGAUAAAGAAAUCCUGUGACACAGAGAAAGGAGUGGUCAGUAUGGCUCUUUAUAAAAACACAGACUUAGUGUUCACGCGAUUCAUGGACACUAGCGUGCAGCGAAUCGGUUGCCAUGGCGACAAAAUGGUAACUAUUGCUGAUCUCGAUCCUUACUACACAAAGGGCAUAAGCGUAAACAAUGAAAACAGACUUUUAGUCUGUGCUGUAACUACGACAUGUAGCAAAAUUGUGAAAAUGACAGGGAGGGGUCAAAUUCUCUUAGAAAUACCAAUCGACCGGAACGACAUUGAAACACUUACUCGACCAUAUAGAAUUACCAGUUUUGAUACCGGUGAGAUGUUUGUAGUUGACACAGCAAAAGACGACCACCGUGUAACGUGUUUAGCUAAGCAAGGGGAACGUUUGUUUUCGUGGUCUUGGCGAGGUGAAGGAGUCGGUACAGUGGAACCGUUGGGGAUAACCAAUGACAAAACGGCGUGUUAUAUUACAGAUGAAAAAAAUAAUAGGAUUUACGUGUUACCAAAGAACGGAAAUACAGCAGCCGUGUUGCUGGACGAGAGUAGCCGACAGACAGGACCAAGAUGCAUAACUAUUGACCGGAAGGGAUGUUUGUGGGUAGGGUGCAAUAACGGUGUCAUUCUAAAGAUUGAGAGAUAAAUCAACCUUGGAACAGGUCGAGGCCACCAAAAUACAGAGGAAGACGUCAUGAACCCCGAUAAAACAAUGGUUUGUGAGGGAUUGUGUUACACGUUACUGCUGGUACCUUUGUUACAGUAAUGUCUGUAUUCAUGAAAUCCUAUUAGUAAUGCUUAUGUAAGGGAGAAAUGCAAACGCACAGUUGAAGUAUUAAGAUUAAUCAUGAAUUGGUAAGGUUAACAGUACAUACAUAUACAAAAUACGUUGGAGAUAAUAGAAUUCAAUAUAUUCUCGUGCGUAAAUGUAUUAUCAAAUUAAUGAAUGAUUCGAUCAAACUAGGUACCGUUACAAUAGGAGCAAGAUUAUGUGUAAAGCUGAAAGAUCAACUUGUACGGUGGAAGGAGGCCGAUAAUUCAUCAAAAAGCGUUACGUUAAAUUAUUUCUGCAUGAUAUUUAAUGACUGCAUAUCAAUGUGUUUUGAUAAAGUGCCAAUGUGUACUAAUGUAUCCAAUGACUCAUAUGUCUGAAACUGUUAUGAUUUACGUUGUCUGUUAAUUAAAGCAGUUGAAUUUUA